ACGAACCGCGACGGUUCGGCGAGCACCGUCGCCAUGUCGUUCGGGUCCGCCGCCUACAGCAUCGACUACGCCAAUGAGAUCACAAAGCUGGACCCGCUGCUCUUUCUACCGCAGCGCCUCUCGCUCCGCGUUCAGCCGCAGAUGCAUGCGCGAGGCAUUGUCAUCCAGCUCAUUGCCCAGCAGUGCACGGUCCUUGCGCUGCUCGUGCACAAGCUGCGUCUAGCAAUGCUGCCCGAUGCGACAACAAGGAUCGGCAUCGUUGGUGGUGGCCGUGUUGGCGUCGGGAUUUGCGAGGCCCUCGUGGCCGGCGGGUGGCCACCGGCGCUUAUUGCGAUAUCCACGCGGCAGCCUGACGACCCGCGCUGGAUGGCGCGGGUCGACGCCGCAGUCGCCCGGUACCACGACAAUGCGAAACUCGCUCUUGAGAGCGACCUCGUGCUUCUCGCCGUGCCCCCGUCGCAGUUGACCAGUGUUGGGAUCCAAGUCAAACAUACGCUGGGCCAGCCGGCGUCAACGCGGGUGCUACUCAGUGUCCUCGCAGGCGUCGAGCUCGACAAGGUGACGAAGGUCUGUGCUUGCCCCGUUGCGCUUCAUACCCGCGUGCACCCGUCGAUCGUGGCGGACGUCGACGUCGCGACGAUGGAUACUGCGGUUCUCGCCGCAAACCACUAUGCGCAUAACAACUCGGUCGGUCUGCGGGAUCUCUGCCUCCGCUUUGAGCAACUUGCAUUGCGUCUUGGCGUCGACGAGCGUGUCGCACGCCGCGUCGCCGUCGACCUCGUCCUCGGCCCGUCCAGUCGCCCUCCGUUUGACACUCCGCUUCCAUCCAACGCUGUGUGGCACCGGUCCUGGGACGAUCUGCUCUCGACGACGCAGCGAGUAUGGAGCAGCGCGAUCGACCAGGUUGAUGUCCCAUAUCAGGAAGAAAGCGAUGUCGCUGCCUUGCCAUCGCCGCUGGGACACCUCGUGUAAUGCAUCGCAAUAUACAGCGAAAUGUGUG